AUGCGGGUGACCGUUGGCUCCACAGCGGAGAAUUGCGAAGCCUGGCUGAUUGAGUUGGAGGUGCCAGAAAAGACCACCGUCGCUUCUUUGAAGAAAAUCCUCCGGAAGCCACCCCACUGCCUUGAGGUCUCCGCCAGCACCAAGGUGUUGUUUCGUAACAAUGGAGUUCUCACGACGCUCUUUGACAAAGAGCUGGUGCAUAGCCAUGUCACUUUGCUAAAUGUGCGAGACGACAAGGUCUUUACCUUUCCUGAAAAUUUCCUGUGGGGAGCUGCGACUGCGGCGUAUCAGAUCGAAGGUGCAGCAGCAAAGGAGGGGCGAAGUCCCAGCAUUUGGGAUGCCUUCUGCGCAGUGCCUGGCAAGAUCCAGAAUGGGGACUCCGGAGCCACUGCCUGUGAGCACUACUACAGAUAUUCCGACGAUGUGCAGCUCAUGAAGGACCUGGGCCUACGAGCCUAUCGUUUCUCCAUUUCAUGGUCCAGGCUGUUACCGCAGGGUCGAGGGAGGCUAAAUCCUAGAGCCUUUGACUUCUACAGCUCUUUGCUCUCAGAGCUGUGCACCUCAGGGAUCACUCCCAUAGUGACCUUGUACCAUUGGGAUUUGCCACAAUGCUUGGAGGAAGAGUAUGGAGGAUGGCUCUCCGCCAAAAUCAUCCCGGACUUUGAGGCCUUUGCUUCAACUUGUUUCCAGUGUUUUGGAACUUUUGUGAAGCAUUGGAUCACCUUGAAUGAGCCCUGGUGUUGCUGCGCUCUGGGCUACGGCAGCGGGGAGCAUGCACCAGGUAAGUCCUCCAAUGCUGGCCAGGAGCCAUACUUGGCGGCACAUCACAUGCUUUUGGCUCAUGGAAGGGCUGUGAAGUGUUAUCGAGAUCAAUAUCAGGCGGAGCAAGGAGGCCUCAUAGGCCUUACUCUGAAUAUGGACUGGAAAGAACCCAUGAGCGCCUCCGAGGCCGACCGACAAGCACAAGCUCGUGCCUUGGACUGGCAGCUGGGCUGGUUCGCCGAUCCGGUCUACAAAGGUGAUUACCCGGAGGCGAUGCGAGCGAGGUGCAGGGAUCGCCUGCCCAGUUUUUCCAAAGAGGAGCAAGCCCUGCUUUUGGGCUCCUCAGACUUCUUCGGUUUGAAUCACUACUCCACCGACUUCGUGUCGGGCGAGGAGAAAGGAAGUGAAACGACCGAGAAUUAUUUUGCGGACCAGGGUGUGAAAAACACAUCCGAUCCCAGGUGGCUUCGAACAGAUAUGGGCUGGGAUGUAGUCCCAUGGGGCUUUGAGAGGCUCCUCAACUGGAUUCAGAAGGUCUACUCUCCCAAGGGUGGGAUUCUGGUUACUGAGAACGGCUGCGCCGUUCGAGAGACCACUGAACAGGAUGCCAUCAACGACUCCUUUCGGAUUGAAUAUUUGCAAGGAUACCUGUCGCAGAUGCACAAGGCCAUGGCUAAUGGAGUGGAUGUCAAGGGUUAUCUUGUUUGGUCUUUCAUGGACAACUUUGAGUGGGCUUUUGGAUAUGCCAAGCGUUUCGGCAUUGUGCGGGUAGACUUCGAGAGUCAGCAGCGCACGGUGAAGGACUCAGGCAGAUUGUUCCGGACCUUAUGCAAGGAGAACAAGCUGAAGGUUCCCUCCCGUGUCCUCGCCUCUGCCGAGUUUGUGCCAUUCAAUGGACGAGUGGAAGAGACCACCCCGAGUGGGAGCAGGGCGGGAUACGCUGGGCGGCCACAAAUGCCACAGCUGUCCAAAGAUGAUGCCCAGAGAAUGCUGGAAGACUUCUGCAACAAAUAUGAGAACGAGAAGUUUCAGAACCAAAUGGUGCAUGUUUACCAACAAUUUAUGAUUCAUAAUGAUGAGAUGCGUCUCUUGAAAGAAAGGCGGCGCUUGUGCUUUCCCAUCCAGAUGGAGAUCCUCCCCAAGUACGGCUUUGAGCCCACCAGUCGUGGCGUCAGCCAAGUGCAAGCCGCUUUGACCGCUCCCAGGCUCACGGAGGAUCCCCGCAUCGAACAGCUGAACCACUAUGUGGUCUACCUCACCGGUGAGAUGCCCAGGGAGAAAGCCGCCGAAGGGGCAACCGUUUAG